AAAAAAAAGUGCUGAAGAGUCCUAGGGAGAUGAGGCUAUUUUUGUUUGAAGCUGAUACUCCUAGCUGAGCCACAAGUGCUGCUUGGAAAGGGCUUAGGUUGUUUCCAGGGGGAGAACUCUGCAGAGAAGAGGCAAGGUUCACCAGGACAACAAAGAAGCAGCAGAAACAGCCAGGAAAACGAAGAGCCCUCACGUUUUAACACAGAACCCUCUACCAGAGUUCUCGAACCCUAAAGUAUUCUGAAAAGUGCUACUGGACAGGAACUUUUCACCUGACUUUCACUUGCUACGACCAACCAUGACCGAGAUCACGGCUGAAGGAAAUGCAUCCACAACCACAACAGUGAUAGACAGCAAAAAUGGAUCUGUGCCCAAGUCCCCUGGAAAAGUGCUGAAGAGGACAGUCACGGAAGACAUAGUGACGACUUUCAGCUCUCCUGCAGCCUGGCUUCUGGUGGUAGCCCUGAUCAUCACGUGGUCAGCUGUUGCCGUUGUUAUGUUUGAUUUAGUGGAUUACAAAAACUUUUCAGCAAGCUCUAUUGCCAAGAUGGGUUCAGAUCCUCUAAAACUUGUCCAUGAUGCUGUGGAAGAAACAACGGACUGGAUUUAUGGCUUCUUCUCUUUGUUGUCUGACAUCAUCUCAUCUGAAGGUGAGGAAGAAGAUGAAGAUGGGGACGAGGACACUGAUAAAGGAGAAAUACAGGAGCCUCCCUUGAAAAAAAAAGAAAUACACAAAGAAAAGACAGAAAAGCAGGAGAAACCUGAAAGGAAACUACAAACUAGAGCUGCACUCAGAGAGAAAGAAAAAGACAAAGAAAAAGUAAAAGAAAAAGAAAAACCUGGAAAGAAAGCAACUCACAAAGAAAAAAUGGAGAAAAAGGAAAAACCAGAAACAAAGACAGUGGCAAAAGAAGAGAAGAAAGCUAAAGAAAAGACUGAAGAAAAGUCUAAAAAGGAAGCGAAAGGUGGGAAACCGGAGAAAGCGAAGCCAACAGUUGCAAAAGUAAAAGAAGCACAGAAAACACCACUGAAACCCAAAGAAAAGGAGAAAGAGACGGCAGCUGUGUCAAAGCAUGAACAGAAAGGUAAACAUUCAGAGCAGGAGGCCGCCGAAGGUUCUAAGAGAAUGUUGAGCAAGAAGCAGAUCAGCGAAAUUAAAAGCUGAAAAAGACUGAAAUCAGACUCCAAACGGGGGAAAGACUCACAUAAGCAAAUAUACCUAAAAGGAAAUACAAUACAUUGGGAAUUAAUAUUCAUUUAUUAAAGUACUAAAAUGUAUUC